AAAUAAAAUAACUACAACAAAAUACACAAUACACAGUAUAGAACUAUAUAAGAAUGUAUGUAAACUCUCAGUUUAACUUUUUCUACUCAUGGGUCUGAAUGAUGUCAAGAGAGGAUAUCAAGCCCCGCCCAUCUGCUGCUUGAAACUUCUGUUUCUGAGGGGCCAGCCAAUCAGACGAAAGCUGUCUUAAGGCAGGAGGAGCUGUGAACCAUUCCUCCGACAGAGACUGAGAAUAAACUCUGAGCAGAACUCGUGGCCUUUGACAGUGAUGGCGACGGAGGAUGGCGCUGCUGACCAUUUUAUUCGGCAAAACAACAGGACUUGUUGGGUUUUAAUGCGUCUGUUCAUUGUCCCGACACUGUAGGAUUAGGUUAGUGGUACUCACAGGAUUAAAAGCACGAAGGCUGAAAUCAGUUCAGUCACACGUCACUUUGGGCCACAUGUUAAGUGUUAGCUUGUAGCUUGUAGCUGUGGCUGUUGGCUCUUCAUUAGCCAUUAGACAGAACCUGAUGCCUCGUUUGUACAUGACGCACAGUAUCCUCAGUAUCCUCUCUUAAUGGUUUGCUUUGUUAAAUAAAGCUUACACUCACUCACUGCACCAUCUUGUGGUACAAACUGGUAUUACCUGGAAAGAAGGUGCAGCCCAGCCCUACUUCACAUUUAGCCGAUAUCUCUUCAACAACACAAAGUUUUUGACAUGAAGUCACAGCCGAUGUGUGUGGAAAAUGAUGAGACGCGACUGGAACCGUGAGAAAAAUGAGCUCUUAAAAGACAUUUUUACAUUUUACAGAUUUUUCAUUUGAGUUUUUUUAAAGUGUAACCCAAACUCUAACUUUAACCUUCUGGAUCUGGUGGAUGUUUAGUGAUUACUGCGUGAAUCAGAAUGAAGCUGUAUCACAGACAAACACCAUCCCUCCCCCCGUCUGCACCCUCGGCCUCCACCGGCCUGGAGCUCGCUGGUCUCGCUCCGCUGGCUUCCUGGAAGCCCCCUAACAGGAUUAAAGGGGGUACGGCGAGGUGCUGUGACUCAGUCUGAUGUGAUUUCCAUUCGUCUGGCCCGGCCCUUACUUUCCUCUGCGUCUAAUCCCUCGGUGUUCUCACCGGCGUCCGUCAGCCUCUCUAAUCUGCUGGACGGCUUUAGGAGGAGAAGCCUCGUCACUCGGACUCUGCCUGAUGAUAAACACGGAGCUGGUCCUAACGUCGGCUCAGGCUGGAGAUGUGACGUGGACGUGGAGUGAAUGGCCCCUCGUACUGCAGAUAUGACUGUGGAGGAUCCGGUGGGCCGGUGGGGGUCCAGUCCUGUGGAGGAGGUCAAGUUCAUCCCUGAGCCUGCGCUGGAUGAAGAGCUCCACAGCAGCAGCCAGGAAGUGAUGUGCUAUCACGGAGACACGCCCACUGCGGAGUGUGCAUCCAUCACAGACAGGUAACCGGAGCAGAAGCACAGAGGCUGAAAGUUCAUCACCUCUGUAACGCUAUCAACGUUUGAAAUCACCCAGAGUGACGAAGCCUUUCCUGGACACGAAAUUACAGCCUGAACCACCAACCCAGUUUAAAUGGGUUUUAUGGGAGCAUCGCACAGAGACGGGUACCUGCCAAUUAGUGCUUAGUCCAAUCACAAUCCUCGAAUUUUACCAGAACUGGAGCCAGACGGGCUGUUAGUGCAGUGACCUCACAGCAGUCAUAUUAUUGGUCACAUGACGUCGUUAAAAGGCUCCAACAGCACAAACAUGGUCCAGGUGAAGCUAGCAGACAGCUAGUAGCUACAGCCACCUGUCAGUCAAAGAGGCCACGCCCCUAAUAAUGCAAACUUUAAGGCUUAAAACCAUUUAAACAGGUGAGUGAUAGAAACAGCCUCCCCUGUACAGGUGUUAUGAAGGAGGAUCCACAGACAGUUUGCGUAUCAGGCUGUAAACAUGUUGAUUUCUGCUGUAAAGUUUUAACAUGGAAGUCUAUGGGGCCUGACUCACUGCUGCCUCUGCUGGACGUUAGCGGAACUGCAGUUUCUAAACUAUAAUUUUAGGCCCUUUAUGUUGCCGCUUGGAUGCACCUUGCAGAUAUGCUGGUGAUGCAUUUCACCACUUCCCAAACGCGCUCCGCUGGACAGGUCUGAUAACGGUGGACGUUCAGGGUGUACGUUUGUGAAUCAUCCAGCUACUCGCAGCCAAUAGGAGAGGAGUACACUGUGGAUAUAAAAGAAUGGACAUGGUUAACAGCAGUACUCACAGAGGCUGCGUUUCUGAAGGGUUCUUGGUUAGUGACGAGAAGCUAUGACCUCGAUGACUUUCCUCAGAGUCUCCAGUCUUCAGUCAAACAAAUGCUUCACCCUGAAUCCUGCAUGGUGUCGUUUCCACUCAGAUCCAGUAACAUCACAGUGAGAUGACACAUAUUAAAAAACACCAUGAAAGAGGUCAUGAUAUAUUUUCAUUAUACAUUUGAAGACAGAAGAAAAAUAUUGUGUUUAAUAUUUUUCUUUCCUGUGAGUAAAUCUACAAGGCAGGAUGAAUCCUUUCCUUUCAUUUAUGCAAAGUUUUUACCUUCUGAAUGUCAAAGUAGAAAACUGCCUUUGCAGACUUCCUGUCGUCUCUGUUCGUGUGUCGCUCUGUGCAGUGAGGAGCAGUUUUGCAGGAUCUGCCACGAAGGCCGGGCGUCAGGAGAGCUGCUGUCCCCCUGCGAGUGCUCCGGCAGCCUGGCUUCGGUGCACCGGAGCUGCCUGGAACAGUGGCUCACCGCCUCCGACAGCGGCCACUGCGAGCUCUGCCAUCACCAGUUUGUGCUGGAGCGUGUGCCAAAGCCUCUGACUGAGUGGUGGUGCUCUCCAGCCAUGCAGCAGCAGAGGAGGACGCUGUGCAGCGAUGCGGCCUGCUUCCUGUUCAUCACGCCGCUCGCGUCUCUGUCGGGCUGGCUGUGCGUUCAAGGAGCCAUGGAGCUCUACUACACCAAUGGGAUGGAGGCCCUGGGACUCCUGGUGCUCACUCUGGCUCUCAUCAUCAUCUAUGUGUUCUGGACUGUGGUUUCUGUGCGCUACCAUGUGCAUCUCUUCAAAACCUGGAAGAAGACUGACCAGAGAGUUCGACUGUGGGUUCCUAUGUCAGCGCAAACACCUCCUAACCAGCAGGUGGCGCCCAUAAACUUCCUCAGCAAAGCCAUCAACAAGGAAACGAUGGUGUAGGUGGAAGUCUGCUCAGCUCAAAGGACGGAGCUCACGACCCCAUGAACUUUUAAAUCACAAAAGACUCAAUGACUCCUUUUAUUUUCCUCUGUACUUUUAUUAUCCUGUGUUUUGGUGUUGGUGGUAAUGGCAUGGGGGCGCACUGGAGCAGAUCCAAACUGCUUUGUAGUUAAACGCCCCCAAAGAACUACAGAGGCUAGCCUUGGUAUAGCGUCCACAUCUUCAUUGUUAAACAGGUGGUAGUAAACGCUAAGGAUGUAAAUUCAGUCCCACAGAUUCCCAACUUAGAUCUUCUAAUGACCACCAGGGGGCGAUACCUGUGGCUCGUGGUCAGUUUAUGGACUCAGGUACUCAUUUCAGGUCACAUAUAAUAAAACAAUAAGUUCAUUUUGUAAAUGUUUGUCAUUCUGAGAGGAUUACGCUCAUUGAUUCACUCACAUGUGCUGUACCAAUGUACCUGCACAUGUGAUGUGACAAUAAAAGUGAUUUGAUUUGAUUACGAUGACAUCAAAUCCUCAGCUGGAGGCUUCAAAACAUCCUCCGCCUGUUACGUCUGUGCUCGAUAACUAUUGGUCUGUGAAAGCGGCCUGCUUUGCUCGAGAUGUGCUGAAUGGAUGCAUCCUGACUGAAACGCAGGUGAUUCCACAGAGGAGCAGCUGGACCAGCAGCGCAGCUUUCAGAGUUACUGAGAAAAGAGAAAACUACAGUUUCCGUGUCUCGGUGCUCCAUCAUCCAGGUAAAUCCCAAAAGGUGGAUUCUGUUCAUCUGGACGUCUCCAGUGGGAGAAAUGUUUCGUUACCAUGACAACCACGCCAGUCUACCCACCCAACCUGCAGCUUUC